AUGUCUACGACUCAGAGAAGUGAGGGAAUGAAUGCCUUUUUUGAUGGAUUUAUCAAUUCUACAACAACACUUCAACAAUUUGUGGUCCAAUACGACAAUGCAGUUAGGGUAAAGGCCCAGAAGAAAAUAGAAGCGGACUUCUCCUCCAUGAACACCACUAUUGCAUGUGGUUCUCAGUCACCAAUUGAGAGACAAUUUCAAGUGCAAUACACACAUGCAAAGUUUGAGGAGGUCCAAAAUGAGUUCCGUUCAAGGAUGAAUUGUUUAAUCAAAGACACCUUAAAGGAGGACUUUUGGAACACUUACACUGUAAAAGAGGAACGAAUGUGGGAGGGUAAUCGUGUACCAGAUAAAUUGUACAAAGUUCAAUAUGAUCCCGUCACACAGACAACCACUUGCUCUUGCCAACUGUUUGAGUUCAGAGGAAUUAUAUGUCGGCAUUCCCUCUUGGUAUUUAGUCAAGAAGAUGUUUACAGUGUUCCCUCACAAUACAUAUUGAGGCGGUGGAGCAAAAAUAUUUGA